AUGAAACUAUUCCCAAGCCGACCACUACCACCGAAGAUAAAAAACGUCCGGUCGCGAGCACAAAGUCUCGAUGAUCUGAAGAAUCGUUGUUCAUCAUCACGUUACAACAACGUUAUCAACUGUGCGAAUCGUCAUCGAAGCUCUCACUCAGUCGGUCAUCUACCGACGAGUACGUUAUCAGUUACCUCGUUGCGUUCCUCACCGAAAACGUCGAUGUUGAUGUGUAAACCAACUACACUCGAUGCGAUCAUGGAAGGUGUUGAGAUGAACAACUCGUCCCAUCCAACUAAUGCUGCUACUCAUCAUAAACAUACCAAUAAGCAUCAUAUCAAAAACGCUACUAAUACUCCGACACCAAAGAAAGCUUCAGUUGGUUGUUCAAUAAUACCGAAACGAAGUGUUACAAAACGAUCAGCGAAUGGUAUUGGUGAAAGCAAUAAUGACGAUUUGGAUUUUGAUUACGCGCCGUCAUCUGCGCGUCAUCUGUCAUUAGCAGCAGCUAAUUCUUCGUCAUCAUCCAGUACGACAGCAGCAUCUGGUUUAGGAUGUAGCAUAAGUUAUGAUCAGUUUAGAUCGUCGCCUGAUCUGGAAGUUCUGCUCGAAUCGGAUUCUUUUUCGUCAACAACGAAAACCGCAUCUGCACCAUCAUUGGAAAAAUCAGCUGACAACAUCUCUGCAUCAAGAAGAAAAUCAUCGAGAAAAAUUGUCAAAUGGCUUACGGGUGCGCUCAAAUCUAAAUCUAAUUCUAUAAAUAAACAGAUUGUCAAUCCAAAUCGUGAUAAUAGUUCAGUUGAUAGCAGUAAGGAUAGUGGUAAUAAUACUAACAAUAGUGGUAAGGUGAGACGUGUCAGUGCAAGUCAUUAUACAACUUGA